GGCCCCGCCCCCGCCCAGCCUCCCGGCGCGGUCGGCGGUCGGUGGCGGCCGCUACGGUGCUGACAAGAUGGCGGCUGGUGGGGCUGUUGCUGCGGCGCCCGAGUGCCGGCUUCUGCCCUACGCGCUACACAAGUGGAGCUCCUUCUCCUCCACCUACCUUCCCGAGAAUAUUUUAGUGGAUAAACCAAAUGACCAGUCUUCAAGAUGGUCUUCAGAGAGCAACUAUCCUCCUCAGUACUUGAUUCUGAAACUUGAAAGACCUGCUAUAGUUCAGAAUAUCACGUUUGGAAAAUAUGAGAAAACUCAUGUCUGUAAUUUGAAGAAAUUUAAAGUCUUUGGUGGCAUGAAUGAAGAAAAUAUGACAGAGCUAUUGUCCAGUGGCUUAAAGAAUGAUUAUAACAAAGAAACAUUCACCUUGAAGCAUAAAAUUGAUGAACAGAUGUUUCCGUGUCGCUUCAUUAAAAUAGUUCCACUCUUGUCCUGGGGGCCCAGCUUUAACUUCAGCAUCUGGUAUGUUGAACUCAGUGGUAUUGAUGAUCCUGAUGUAGUACAACCCUGUCUCAACUGGUAUAGCAAGUACCGUGAACAGGAAGCCAUUCGCCUUUGCCUAAAACACUUCAGACAGCACAACUAUACAGAGGCUUUUGAAUCACUGCAAAAGAAAACCAAGAUUGCAUUGGAACAUCCUAUGUUAACAGAUCUGCAUGACAAACUGGUGUUGAAGGGUGAUUUCGAUGCUUGUGAAGAGCUGAUUGAAAAAGCUGUAAAUGGUCUCUGUUUAAACACCCCCACCCCUGUUAAUGUCAUGUACUUGACCAUUGAGUGCAGUAAUGACUUUAUAUCUAAUGGCCUGUUCAAUCAGUAUAUCAGUCAACAGGAGUAUAAGCCACGAUGGAGUCAAAUCAUUCCCAAAAGCACCAAAGGUGAUGGAGAAGAUAACCGACCAGGAAUGAGAGGGGGCCAUCAGAUGGUUAUUGAUGUUCAAACAGAAACUGUUUAUUUGUUUGGUGGCUGGGAUGGAACACAAGAUCUUGCUGACUUCUGGGCAUAUAGUGUGAAGGAGAACCAGUGGACAUGUAUCUCUAGAGACACUGAGAAAGAGAAUGGUCCUAGCGCCAGAUCAUGUCAUAAAAUGUGCAUUGACAUUCAGCGGAGGCAAAUCUACACAUUGGGACGUUAUUUGGAUUCCUCUGUGAGGAACAGCAAAUCUCUGAAAAGUGACUUCUAUCGUUACGACAUUGACACAAACACGUGGAUGUUAUUAAGCGAAGAUACUGCUGCUGAUGGAGGGCCAAAACUGGUGUUUGAUCAUCAGAUGUGUAUGGACUCAGAAAAACAUAUGAUCUACACCUUUGGUGGUAGAAUUUUGACAUGUAAUGGCAGCGUAGAUGACAGCAGAGCCAGUGAACCACAAUUCAGUGGGUUGUUUGCUUUCAACUGUCAAUGUCAAACCUGGAAACUUCUUCGAGAGGACUCCUGUAAUGCUGGGCCUGAGGACAUCCAGUCUCGCAUAGGACACUGCAUGCUAUUCCACUCAAAAAAUCGUUGCUUAUAUGUGUUUGGAGGCCAGCGAUCAAAGACCUAUUUAAAUGAUUUCUUUAGUUAUGAUGUGGACUCUGAUCAUGUAGACAUAAUAUCAGAUGGCACCAAGAAAGACUCUGGGAUGGUUCCAAUGACAGGAUUCACACAGAGAGCAACUAUUGAUCCAGAACUGAAUGAAAUACAUGUCUUAUCUGGACUCAGCAAAGACAAGGAAAAAAGGGAAGAGAAUGUCAGAAAUUCAUUCUGGAUCUAUGACAUUGUGAGGAAUAGUUGGUCUUGCGUCUAUAAGAAUGAUCAAGCUGCAAAAGACAAUCCAAGUAAAAGUCUGCAGGAAGAAGAACCAUGUCCAAGAUUUGCCCACCAGCUUGUUUAUGAUGAGUUACACAAGGUUCAUUAUUUAUUUGGUGGAAAUCCAGGAAAAUCUUGCUCUCCAAAGAUGAGACUUGAUGACUUCUGGUCACUGAAAUUGUGUAGACCUUCAAAAGAUUACUUAUUGAGGCAUUGCAAGUAUCUCAUAAGAAAACACAGGUUUGAAGAAAAGGCUCAAAUGGAUCCCCUUAGUGCUCUAAAAUAUUUACAAAAUGAUCUUUAUAUAACUGUGGAUCAUUCAGAUCCAGAAGAGACAAAAGAGUUUCAGCUUCUAGCUUCAGCUCUCUUCAAAUCUGGUUCUGAUUUUACAGCUCUAGGCUUUUCGGAUGUGGAUCACACCUAUGCUCAAAGAACUCAGCUCUUUGACACCUUAGUAAAUUUCUUUCCUGACAGCAUGACUCCUCCUAAAGGCAACCUGGUAGAUCUCAUCACACUGUAACUGAAGAGUCCCCGAGCACAGAAACAGAAAACGAGAGUCUGCUUUCAGCGUUUUGGAGUGCAACUCUGUUGACUGAGGUGAAGCUGCAGUGAUUAAGGACUGUGCUGGAGUUUGAAAGGGAUCUUUACCAUCAAAAGUUUUAACCCUCUUCCUUCAUACUUGACCUCAACCCUAUUCUCCUCAUCUUAUUUCUAAAUUAGGCUAAUAAAGUGAAAUUGGUAUACUUUCCAUUUAAAUAUACAUAUUUUUCUUUAACUUUUAAGAAUUAAUGAAUAUUAAAAAAAAUAGGCAGUUUACCCUUUUCAAAUUUUUCUUUCUUUUUUUUUUUUUUUUAAUCGGGAGAUCAGCAUUAUUAACAGAUUGAGUACUACAAGAAUUUUGGGUUUUGUUGUUGGAUUAUUUGGUCUUUAUUUCUUCUUUCUCUUCUUUCACUUUACCUCACAUAGUACAACUACAUGUAAAUGGUGUCACUGGUUGACCUUAACAGGUAUAUAGUUCUGUAGAACAGUCGAUGUACGUUAAGGUGACAUAUGUGAAUAUGUUGACUUGUCUAGUAUUACAUUAAACAGUAGACAGGAUAGAGAGCUCCAGUUUGCACUUCUUGCCAUAGAAACUCAAGAUUGACCCAGGUAUCCUAUCAGAGAUUGGUAUAUAAUGUUUCUAUAAUGAUAUAUUUUAUAGUAGAUAUUAUAGUAGCAUUUGGCUUUAAGUCACAGAAACCUGAAACAGAAGAUUAUAAUUGAAAAAUGUUAAGAGCCAUUCUAAAAAUGACCAGCAAGAGAGAUCCAGUGAGUAAUUAAUAUGUUUAUUCUAUCUUUUUAGCAAUUUUAAAAGAAAAUGGCUCUUUCCUCUGGUAGAGCUAUGCAGAACCAGGGCUCUCUUUUCUCCUUUGUGCUGUCUGUAUGUAGAAGUUCCCUUUGGGAGUGCAGGCUUCCAGAGCUGCACUUCCAUUUUUUUCCAUGCAUCUCCCUGCAUCUACUUCUAAACCCUGGUGUUUUGAAGAGUAAUAAUUUUUGCUUAUUCAUUAGUAUACAGCUAAUAAGCAUUUUAUUAAGCACAUGGAUCAGGCUUUUUUAAGUGGAGAAAAGAAAAAUAAUGGUACGAAUUAAACAGAAACAAAAUCAUAAUAGGUGGGGUGUUCCAUAGUUCCACUUUUGUGCAGGAAUGGGUAUAUAUCUUCCCAUAAGAAGUUGUGGAAUGUAAUAUGAGAAACCUACAUAUAGCUAGGGCUCACAUUUGCUCAAAAAGUGUGCCUCAUGCAACUGAUACCACCAUGCUGAAAGCAGACUCAAUAUAAUGUUCAUCUCAGCUGUUAAAAGAGUGGAAGACUUUGUAGAAUUAUGUCCCUGAGUAGAAAGAUGAGGUCUCACUAGAAAAGGAAGAAAUUGACCUGCACUUUCAAACAGUAUCAUGUAUAGGAAUGAGAUUUUGAGAUAUCUUUUCACUCUCUUUAUUACUUGGUUUUCCUUAUUUUGGGGAUGAGCAGAAGUAUAUUUUUGCUAGUUUUAUCCUUGAAUCAUGGACUUUAUGAUUUUCAAGUGUCCCAAAAAAUAAUAGUGAUUUAUUAAACAUUUAGGUCUGUACCUUUAUCUUGUGAAAAGUAUACUGUGUAAUUCAGCAAAUGCCAAAUUAUGUAGAUACACAAUAAUUCAUUGACUGUACAAUCAAGUGAAUUUAUUCUAGUUAGACUUGUACAGUUUCAUAAAAUAGUUCCAAGUGACAGUCUGAACAUAAAAUAUUAAUAUCACUAAUAUUAUAGCACAUUGAAUUUGAUUUUGUGGAAAUAGAUGCAAAUUAGAAGAUUAACAGAAAAGAACUUGGACUUGAUAAGACUGCCAAAAUUUAAAAUCUCUAGUUUGGUUAGCAUGAAUUCUGGCACUUUAAAACAUUUACCAAAUGAAAUUUUGCUGCCCUCCACCAUUUGUUUUAACAGUGCCUUUUUUAUCGUUUUUUUUUUUUUUUCCGCAUCAAUUCCUCAGUCUCCAUAUUAUUUGGAGAAAAUUUAGUUCUUAAUUGCAGUGAUUUUUGUCUUUCUUUUUUCCUAACUACAUUUCUCUGGGUUUUUUUUUAAUAUAUACCUAUUUUAAUUUCAUGUUUUCUUAUAUUUAGGUGAAAAUCCCCCCCCUUUUUUUUAUUGUUGUUGUUACAUGUUUAAAUGUUGUUGAAUCAUAGUGAAAUACUUUGUGUUGCCUAAGUGAGAUAGACUUACUGAGGAGAGAACUAACUAGAUAAGUUAGGAUCUGUCCCUUGGAAAUUUAAUGGAGCACUGCCAGGACUGACUGCAGAGAACAUAGGGCUUUGAAUAUCCACGUUCAAGAUCGAUACAUCGUUCACCCCAUUGCAUAUCAGAACCCUCGUUUGGAACAUGUUCAGUGAAGACCGACGUACAUUUCUCAAAAUUCCAACAUUAUAAUUUAAAUAAUCAAAUUUGGUAUUUAGUUGGCCAAAUAUGUAUGCUCUAUUACUUAAAAAUUCUUUCACUCUAGCUUAGUACCACAUUCAAACACCUGGCUGAUGCUUUAGAUACAUUAAUUGGUAGGGUACAAUUUGCUUAAUUUUAUCCUCAUUCCCAAUUCUCUUUUCCCCAGUGGAAUAUAUUAUAUUCAACCAAAAAUAAACUAGAUCUCUAAUAUCAUUUUUAGUGCUUGUAUUUUGUGAGAAAUGAUUUGAUUUGCAAGUCACUUCUCAAAUGCAUUUUGUUUUGUGAAAUAACAGAGACCUCACAUGGACAGCUUGAUUAAUUCGGAGCACAUCACUCUCAUUCAAGCAAAGGAAUUCAUAAUUGGGUGCCUACCUCUGUGCUGCAGUUGACAGUGUUAACCUUUAUCAAAGGUAUCUUUUUAGUUGUGACUGUCCAUGUAAAAUCUGAAAGAAAACAUUAAAAAGUGAAGUCACUGGUUUGUCAGAAAAUCUUGUCGGAUGUAGGGCUCAGUAAUUCUGUAAGCUUGAAAAGCUGCAUUUGUGAGUGAAAUAUGUAUAUCGUUUAUAAGUGGCUGGCAAUUUGUUAUUCCAGUAGAUCUCUUCGCAUCUGCCUUAAAAGUGUUGUCAUACUCUUCAGUCUCAGUUACUUGGAGGAAGCCAGUCUGGGCAACUUAGGGAGACCCUGUGUCCAAACAAAAACAAAAACAAAAAACGUAUUGGGGAUAUAGCUUAGUAGUAAAAUGCUUCCUGGAUUCAGUAAUGCCAAAAAAAAGAAAGUGCUGUGUAGAGAUACACAUUAACAGAGUUUUGUUUAAUAAAACAAGAUUUUAAAAUCGCUUACAAAUGAAAACCAGUUUGAGACUCUUGAUCAUUUUGUGAGAGAUUAAGAAUGAUGCUUAAUAGGUCAAAAAGCACAAGUAUUUUCCCAAUUUUGUUUCCUGAGUUUUAAUUUCGUGGUAAUUACACAAAGAUGUUAAUCUGUAAUUAUUCUUAACACUACGUGAAAUUCUUUGGUAUUGGUGAGUCAUUUUAUUUUUCCUGAGUGAAAGUUGUGUGAAAUCCUUGGCUGAAUAGUGCAUAACAGUUGAGGAUUAUGGUUUGAAGUGAUUUCUCUGGGAGGAGAUCAUUACAAUGUGUACUGUAAGUCAUACAGCUAUAAAAUAUGUACUCUCUAAUGCUUCUUAAUAAUCCUUGUUGAUCCACAGUCUCAUCCCCUUUGCCAAAAUUUCUGGCUAAAUUUCCACCAAGUUGAAAUUAGGAGGUGGUCUAGGAUGUGAGGUUCCCCCAAAAAAGUCUAUAGUGGGAGGAGUAUCAUGGAGGUCUGCAUAUAACAAUACUGUUAGAUUAUCUUUGGGCUCUUUAAUAAUACAAAGAUUUUUGUUUUCCAUAUUAGAGAAAUAACAUUAUUAUUUUGUGGGUUUGACUGUGGCUUAUAUCUCUGUAUGAUUUGUCUUAAUGCUGAUUGGCUAUCCAAACCUUGUGGUCUAGCAAUAUGUCAUUUAAGGGUCAUAGUUUCCAAGUUGGUUGAAGUAACAUGGAGCCAACUAGCUCAGCUGAAUGACAUUGCCAAAGUCACAAAGUGGGGGACUUAUUAUUACAGUUUGUUGAUUUCUUCACCAAAUGCUCUUUUUGUUUUUCUCAGACCUAUUUCAGAGUUUUUAUUUAUUCCUGAUUUUUUUAACCUUCAAUUCUUCCUACUCACCAAAUACUGUGAAUUGUGUUUCCAUUUAUUUUUUCUAAGCUAAUUUAACUUUUAUUAACUUUUGUAGCCCUGGACUUCCUUGAUAUCCAUGCAUUGCUUAGCUUAGGACAAUUGUAGUGCUUGGAAAAAACAGGUCAACAUCAUUUUGAGGCAGAUAUGUUCUGUUAUCCUUGCUUAUGACAAGAGAGUAGUGAAAUUUUAAAAUGUAUAUUAUUAAAGAAAUAACAUUUUGAUAUUGCUAUAAACAUGUACGUGUCAUUUUCAUUGGGGAAUAGUAAUGGUGGCUUUGCAGGGCAGCUCUUAUGGAGGAGCUAUUGGUAGAGUUUAAAUUUUAUAAGAGAACACAUGGAAUUUGGCAUGCCAUCAGAAUUUUCAUUUGCCUAGUUUCUUUUUAUUUUAUUUCUGUCCUUUUUAUCUCCGUUCCCAUUUCACUUAAGUAGUUUUGAUUUUCUGUUGAAGUUGGAAUUUGGGUUAAGAGCUGGCAUUUGACUCCUGAUAUAGUUGAAUAUUAGAAAUAGCUUUAACUGCCAUGAAAAUGAUGGGUAUUCUCUUUUUCCCCCCCAAAUAAAAAUAACAUGGCCACAUAACAUUUCUUCCCCUCAAGAAUGUGAAUUUAGAUCCAGUUCCAAAUGACAAAUUUCCUUCUCAUACAGCCAGUGAUGAAAUCAUCUUAUAGUAACUUGUAUAGACCUUAACCUAAGGAGUCAUUAGAGGAUAGAGUAAAUGAGAGAAGACCCUUCAGCAUCUUGAAUUGUAUCCCAGGUCACUACUUAACACAAAAAAAAACAGGAUGGUUCUGGUUGAUCUUCUAAUUAGAGUCAUCAUUUAGACAUUCUAUUUAUACAAUCAUGUCCCCCAAACACUGUUAAACUUGCUUAAAACCAGAAUUUUAUGUGGUUGUUAUCUGAGAACUAGAGUGUCACCGAAACAUGGUGGUGGAAGAGGAGAGUGUUUGGUAGGGAAGGAAACCAGUUGUAAGAAAUAACAAUUAUGAGAUCAUGUGUGUUCCUUUUCGUCUCCUGUUGAAACAGCAUGAAGUGUGUGUGAUGCCCUAUUUUGACUAAGACAUUUUGACUUUGAAGUAUUGAACUUCAGAAACAGCUGAAGAGGUGAGGAUAUAUUAGAAAAGAUAAUAGUAACUUCAUGAGUUUGAAGUUUUGAAUUUAAAUAAAGCAGAAAACUCUUCGUUUUUAACUGUGAAUAAUUUUCAUAAUGUAGUACUGUGGAAAAGAAUCAAAGUAAUCAAAGCUUAUGUGUCUAGAAUAUUCAGUUAUUGUGACUAGUCUUUGGAAAAUAACAUGUCUUUGUUAGUUACUGUUCACCUCUUCUCAAGUAGUUGUUGGAGAUCUUAAGAUAAAACAGAAACCCCAGUGUAGACAAUUCCUUGAUAAG